UCCCAGCAGCUAGUGAGCUGCUUGCGAUACCUGCACGAAUUAAACAACCAAGGGGAGCACGGAGCGCUCUCGUGUUACGUUUUUUUACAGCCGUCAGAUUUCUUUGUUGAGGCCGCGUGUGUGGAAUAUGCUCCGACGGGCUGACUUCGUUUGACGGGAAGGUCUUCCAAGGGUGAAGAUUGAUUCCGUUAUGACAAGCUGCUGUGCAGAAGAUGUCCACACUGUCUGCGACUAAUAUCGCUGAUGUUGGUCACGGUGGGAGUAAAGCGUUUGAUGCAAGUCGAGGCGACUCCAGUGCGGAGGAAGCGCACGACCAUGUUGUCAGGGUGGUGAAGGGUAAUCGCGAUGGAUCUUUGCCUCUCCCCGACCCAGCCGAUUUCCCUGCCUCGCAGAAUGGCACUUCAGCAGGCUCCCAGGGACCUCCAGAUGACUCCAGAGGGCCAGAGCUGAGCUCUCCUCUCUCUGUGGAGUCUGUCAAUGUCAAGCUUGACCCUGCAAGUGACAUGCUCACCUCUGAUACAGAGAACCAGCCAGUGAAGCGCAAGAAGGGGCCGGCCCCCAAGAUGCUGGGAAACGAGGUGUGCAGCGUGUGCGGCGACAAGGCCUCGGGCUUCCACUACAACGUGCUGAGCUGCGAGGGCUGCAAGGGCUUCUUCCGCCGCAGCGUCAUCAAGAGUGCCCAGUACUCCUGCAAGAACAGCGGCAAAUGCGAAAUGGACAUGUACAUGCGGCGCAAGUGCCAGGAGUGCCGCCUGCGCAAGUGUCGGGAGGCAGGCAUGCUUGAGCAGUGUGUCCUCUCUGAGGAGCAGAUCCGGCUAAAGAAGAUGAAGAAACAGCAGGAAGAUGAGACCACGCGUGCAUCUGCAGCUCCGCCGAACCCCAGCCCAGCAGCUGAUAUGCCUGAGCUGGCACCUGAGCAGCUGGAGAUGAUCGAGAAGCUGGUGGCCAUGCAGAAGCAGUGCAAUAAGAGGUCCUUCCUUGACCGACCAAAAGUCACCCCGUGGCCCCAGAGCCAGGACCCUUUGAAUCGUGAGGUUCGCCAGCAACGUUUUGCCCACUUCACUGAGCUGGCCAUCAUGUCUGUACAGGAGAUUGUGGACUUCGCUAAGCAGCUCCCAGGUUUCUUAGAGCUGACCCGAGAGGACCAGAUUGCCUUGCUCAAGACCUCCACCAUUGAGAUUAUGCUGCUAGAAACAUCAAGAAGAUAUGACCCUGCCAUAGAGAGUAUCACGUUUUUGAAGGACUUCAGUUACAACAAGGAGGACUUUGCAAAAGCAGGGCUUCAGUUUGAAUUCAUCAACCCCAUCUUUGAGUUCUCCAAAGGCAUGAAUGACCUACACUUGGAUGAGGCAGAGUACGCCCUCCUCAUUGCCAUCAACAUCUUUUCAGCAGAUCGGCCCAACGUUCAAGACCAUGAUUUAGUGGAAAGGCUGCAGCAGCCAUAUGUAGAUGCUCUUCAUUCUUACAUCAGGAUCAAGAGACCAAAUGACCACCUGAUGUUCCCACGUAUGCUGAUGAAGCUGGUGAGUCUGCGGACCCUCAGCAGUGUGCACUCCGAGCAAGUCUUCGCCCUUCGCCUUCAGGACAAGAAGCUCCCGCCUCUGCUGUCUGAGAUUUGGGAUGUCCAUGAGUGACCCGACUACCUUGCAGGACCUCACAUCAGCUCCCUUUCCCCUUCCAAAAAGUAACAUUUUAGCAGCCAGCCCCAUGUCCCCAGUCUUGAAGAAAACCCAGAGGGCAUUAGUGGAUAGGAUGUCUCAUCAAGGGUGGGGGCAUGAAGCCCUAUUUUUUUUUUUUUUUUUUUUUUUGCCGCAAACCCUGGGUUUACCUCUGUAGAAGGAUCUAGUUGGCUUUGAAUGACACAAGGUCAAGCUACAUUGAACUUCCUUACUGAUGAAAACAAGACCUUACAACUUUUUCUUAUAUAUAUAUAAGCUGACUUUUCUUCCUCUCAGCCUCAUGAUCUUUACGUUUGCACCUUCUGCCAUGCUUUGAUCUGUCUACUGGCUUCAAGGGGUCAUUUUUUCCACUUGUUUCUCGUUGUUGAGCUCAAGGUUGAACAGAGACCACCUUGUCUGGUCCUCAGACUCCCCCUUGGCACAACCCAUGCAGAGUGAAUUCAUUGGCUUGUCGUGUUUAAUAACUGCACUUUUACUUUAUUGAUUAUCUGACCCUUAAACUGGCCUCACUAUUAAAAUGACUAAAAGGCUUAUAGCAGCCCUUUGUCACAGCUCUUCUAGAUGGACAGGGCAGUAAGGAUAUGCUACUUAACUUUUUUUUUUUUUUUUUUUUUUUGGUAUGGCUAGGCCUUAACUACAUAUAAGCCAUUUAAUCUGAGCCAGAACAUAACACAAAGGUAUACUUCAACUAUAGCCAAGCAUACACAUCAGUAAGUGCAUACUUGGAUACACAGUACAAUGCAACCUUUUUUUAAAUUUAGAGGAGAAAAUGUUUUGCUUUAUUUUGUACCUGAGAUAUACAUUUACAUUUAUUCAUUCAGCAGAUGCUUUUCUCCAAAGAGAAAAAUACAAGGAGUGCAUUACAUGAAAAGGACAGCAAGACAGCAAAGAUUUAUUUCAAGAAAACUUGUGUCAUAAGCUGUGUAAAACAAAUCCUUUCAAGAUACUUGAUUUAAGAGAUCUAAAAAUUAGGCUUAGUGUCAUGGGACAGCUGGUAGCAUAGUGGUUAGAGCUGCUGCCUUGGGACCCAA